CUUUAUCCAGCACGAGUGGGCGCGCUUUGAAGCCGAGAAGGCCCGCUGGGAGGCCGAGCGCGCUGAGUUGCAGGCCCAGGUGGCCUUCCUCCAGGGAGAAAGGAAAGGGCAAGAGAAUCUAAAGACAGACCUGGUGCGGCGGAUCAAGAUGUUAGAAUAUGCACUGAAGCAGGAAAGGGCCAAAUAUCAUAAACUGAAGUUUGGGACAGACCUGAACCAGGGGGAGAAGAAACCAGAUCUGUCAGAACAAGUCUCCAAUGGCCCUGUGGAAUCAGUCACUCUGGAGAACAGCCCGCUGGUGUGGAAGGAGGGGCGGCAGCUUCUCCGACAGUACUUGGAAGAGGUGGGCUAUACGGACACCAUCCUUGACAUGCGGUCCAAGCGCGUGCGUUCCCUGCUGGGCCGCUCCCUGGAGCUCAAUGGGGCCGUGGAGACUAGUGAAGGGGGCCCCAGGGCCACAGUGGGCCCUGGGGGGCUCAGUGGUGGUGAGUCGCUGCUGGUGAAGCAGAUUGAGGAGCAGAUCAAGAGGAAUGCAGCAGGCAAAGAUGGCAAAGAGCGCUUGGGUGGCUCGGUGCUGGAGCAGAUCCCCUUCCUGCAGAACUGUGAAGAUGAAGACAGUGAUGAGGAUGACGAGCUCGAUAGCGUGCAGCACAAGAAGCAGCGCGUGAAGCUCCAAUCCAAGGCCCUGGUGCCUGAAAUGGAAGAUGAGGAUGAGGAGGACGACUCAGAGGAUGCCAUCAAUGAAUUUGAUUUCCUGGGCUCAGGAGAGGAUGGGGAAGGGUCUCCAGACCCUCGGCGUUGUACUGGAGAUGGGAACCCCCAUGAAUUGGAAGGCCGUCGGGUCAAACUCCAGGGAAUUCUGGCAGAUCUUCGGGAUGUGGAUGGGCUGCCCCCCAAAGUGACUGGUCCGCCUCCUGGUACACCCCAGCCCCGGCCACAUGAAGGUUCCUUUGGCUUCUCCUCAGACGUUUUCAUCAUGGACACUAUCGGGGGCGGGGAGGUGAGCCUGGGGGACUUGGCAGAUCUCACCGUCACCAACGACAACGACCUCAGCUGUGAUCUGUCUGACAGCAAAGAUGCUUUCAAGAAGACAUGGAACCCCAAGUUCACCCUCCGCUCGCACUACGACGGCAUCCGCUCCUUGGCUUUCCACCACAGCCAGUCGGCUUUGCUCACUGCCUCUGAGGAUGGCACGCUCAAGCUUUGGAACCUGCAGAAGGCAGUUACAGCCAAGAAGAAUGCUGCGCUAGAUGUAGAACCCAUCCAUGCCUUCCGGGCUCACAGAGGCCCUGUGUUGGCAGUUGCCAUGGGUAACAACAGCGAAUACUGUUACAGUGGUGGGGCAGAUUCCUGCAUCCACAGUUGGAAGAUUCCAGACCUCAACAUGGACCCCUAUGAUGGUUACGACCCCAGCGUGCUAAGCCAUGUCCUGGAGGGCCAUGGGGAUGCCGUGUGGGGCCUGGCCUUCAAUUCCACCUCCCAGCGCCUGGUCUCCUGCUCUGCUGAUGGCACCGUCCGCAUCUGGGACCCCAGCAGCAGCAGCCCGACCUGCCUCUGUACCUUCCCCACAGCCAGUGAACAUGGGAUUCCCACCUCAGUGGCCUUUACCAGCACCGAGCCUGCCCACAUUGUGGCCUCCUUCCGCUCUGGCGACACUGUCCUGUUUGACCUGGAGGCUGGCAGUGCCCUCCUCACCCUGGAGUCCCGGGGAGGCAGUGGCCCAACCCAGAUCAACCAGGUGGUGUGUCAUCCAAACCAGCCCCUCACCAUCACCGCCCAUGACGACAGGGGCAUCCGCUUCCUGGACAAUCGGACAGGUAAAUCUGUUCACUCCAUGGUUGCCCACCUGGAUGCUGUCACCUGCCUAGCCGUGGACCCCAAUGGUGUAUUCCUGAUGUCAGGAAGCCACGACUGCUCCUUGCGUCUCUGGAGCCUGGACAACAAGACGUGUGUGCAGGAGAUCACAGCCCACCGAAAGAAGCAUGAAGAGGCCAUCCACGCUGUAGCCUGUCACCCCAGCAAGGCCCUCAUUGCCAGUGCUGGCGCUGACGCCCUGGCCAAGGUCUUCGUAUGAUGCCCACCUGGCCGACACGCUGGCUGGGGAGUAGGGCUGGGCAGGUGGGGCUGAGGUGAGGGCCAGGGGCCAUUUGUGCUCUGGCCAGGAGGAUAGAAACCCCCUGCAUCCUCACCUCUGGUGGGCCCCUGUACACACCUUUUGCCUGGCAGUUCCAGGUUGUGCCAAGUCCCACUAUCCAGUCUCUGGGUAGCCCCUGAGCAUGCAGGGGAGGGACUUGAGACCUAGAGAGGGCCCUAGAGGUUGUGGUCUAGUUUCUCCUCCUGUCUCCCACAGGUGACUCCCAGCCUCACUCCAGAGGCUCAAGUCUCUUCCCACCUGCCAUGGAGCCUGGUGGUGCUAAUGGCCCGUUCCCCAGGAAUCCCCUCCCCCAUGGCUCCCCUCCCCCAAACAUCCACCCUUGAGGAUGGACUCUUAGGGUUUUCUCCCAUGCCUUGUCAACUAUUUCUGGUCUCAGAGCUGUGUUCUUGAUGGUAGCACAGCCAGGGCCAGGUUUCCCUGAGGGUCAGUUUUUCCAUGAUGCCAGAAGGUGCCAGGUUUUCCCCUCCUCUCCAUCCUCCCAGACCUGGGUGGGAGCUGUGCUGGGAGGAAUCCCCAAAUGCUUCUUUCCCUGGGUCUGCCAGGGGCCUUGGAGCCAGCUGGACCCCAGGCCGUCCUCACUGGGAGCACAGGGCCUGGUCCACCCUUCUUUCCAGUCCCCUGUACCCUGCUUUCCAGACACUAACCAAUGCCUCCUAAGCCAAGAACUACCUGAGGGAGGGUGACUCCCCAUCCUCCCUCAAUAUUCCUCCAAGGGCAACCCUCCUAGCCUCCCACAGGGUAACCCAUAGGGAGAGAUGGCCUUCUCUCCCCCGUCCCUUGGGUGUGGAGGGUGGAGUGGGGUCCCCAGGGCCCCCCAUAACUCCCUGUAUAUCUGUAUAAAUAAAUGGGAUUUUAAUGGAGCCCCAUCCCUGUCCAUGUUAUCACUGUGUGAUAGUCUUUGUCAGUCUGCUGGCCCUCCACUCUUUUCCUCUAUUUAUUUCACUCUGUUUGGGUUCCACCCUGAGCCCUUGGUCCCCCUUCCAGGUUCCUGUUUUAUGAGCCCCAUCCUCUCUGCCCCAAUCUUGUAUGUGAAAACUUGUCUCAAUAAACCCUUUGGAAUAA